UAGGCGGUCCCAUGUAGGUCCACAUUUAGAGCCAUCAUGAAGAAGGGCAAGAGGAAGAAGUCAGAUACCAGACGCCGUGGUUCCACCUCACAGCAUCCCAGCUCCGAGUCCACCCCACCGCAGCAUCCCAGCUACGACUCUGCGCCACAGCCGCCCAGCUCAGAAUCCACCCCGCCGCAUGCUAGCUCGGACACCAACUCACAGCCUACCAGCUCAGAGUCCUGCCCUCAGAAUCCUGAGUCCAGCGCUCUUCCAGCUCCCGAGAUCAGCCACCCCACUCAGUGCCUUUUACCUUUGGACAACAGCACAAAAGUUGCCUCUCCAUCCGGGAAGCCAGGUGGGCUGCCUUCUAGCUUAAGCAGGUGUAGCCUUCCUGUGACGGAGUCCAGGGCCACCCCAGAGACUGGUUCUUGUAGGAGCCUCUGGGAGCCAGGUGGCCGCUCAUCUCUCUCCUUUUCUGUCCACCCAGGGCCUCUGACCCAUGUGGGCCCGCACACCUGCUUCUGCGUCCCCUGCCCAGGCAGCUCUGCUUGCUGGCGUCGUCUGGGGCAGUGCCACAGCCGCAUCUUCGAUGUCCUGAUGCCUCGGGACUGGCAUCUCCUCCCGGGGAGAGGAAUCCCAAGCCUCCUCACUUUCUACAGAAGGUCUGGAAGAAAACAUUCAGUCUCUCGCAAUUCACGCGCUCCAAGCUCUCGGGACCGCUGCUGUAGCUCUGGGAGCCCUGGGAGCUGCCUACUACACCAUUGAAUUCUUGUGAGCAAGCCCUGGCCCCUGGUCC